AUGUCCUCGGAUAUUAUCGUAACCAAACGCAUCAACCAACUAAACCAAGAUACUCGCAACUUCAUCAUCACCGGGGUCAUAAUUGCGAAAAAUGAUCCGAAAUUUUUUGAGUCCACUUCAGCGCAGCGUUCCGCAAAUGACUCCUCGGCCGGUCGUGGCGUCAUGACAGUGACCGUCCGAGACAGCGAUCGGGAUACGAUAAAUUGCACUAUCUGGGCGUCCCAGCUAAUGAUCGAUUCCUACGACAGUCUUUUCCACAUUGGAGACGUGGUGAAUAUUACGAAUCCAAAGGUUUUGCCCUCGUCCCAUGACAAAUCCGAGCAGUUCAAUCCUAGAUCAACAUCUCCGUACAGCCUAACGCUUGGGGAAAAUGGCGAAAGCAGCAUCAAACUAUACGAAGGAGUUGGACUUCAUCAAAUGAGAAAGCUAGUGUUCGUCGCCCCAGUAAUACCGUCGGACACCUAUCCUCUUGCUGACAUAGCUGCCGGUGGUCAAAGUAUCAACGGCCAGAACGUUAACGUUCUAGUGGUGGUUCGCAGCAUUAGACCCAGAAAACAGAUUGUCCUUUCGAAGAAUGGAAAACUAAAAAAUCUUCGAGAAAUUAUCGUGAUGGAUGCUAGCCACGGAGGGAUGUCUUUGAAGUUCUGGAGUGACGAAUACAUAAAGCGUAUUGAUAAGUGGAUUCCUCUGACGACGGUCCUAUUGAUAAUGGACGUCCGAAUCGAGUAUAAUCAGUAUUAUAAAUCAAUUUGCCUUGGGAUGAGUGGCAAAACUAUAAUUACUGAAGACCCCGCUAUCGAAGAAGCUGAUCAACUUCUUCUACAAGUGAUGAAAAUGCCGCUUCAGGAAUCAGAUAUCACCCAUUCACUUACGUCCGGAACAACCGAUCCGGUGAAUAUCACAACCAUCAUGACAGUGCAACAGAUUCAAGACCGAGCCGAAGGAGACCUGAAGGGUGAAGAGGAUUCAUUCACUGCUCUAUGCUACGCCGUAAUUACCAAAUUCGAUUUAGAUGGCUGCUCCAAGAUAACAAGUCGUAAAUGUUUGAACUGCAAAUCUCUUUUACGUGCAUCAGAUCCCAAAUGUCCUCGGGACGAGUGCCUGCCUAAUCCUUACAACAUCAACACCUACUUCGACUUACCUGUUGAUAUCUCCGACCAUACGGGCACUCUGGCCAACUGUCGAUUGGUUAGUCAGGCCGCCGAGAAUACACUAAACUGCAACGUUGAGGCAUUCCUCAAAAUGGGAGACGUCCAAAAAGGAAAACUUAAGUGGUGUUUUUUGUUGGAACGCUGUGCUUUAAAGCUGGUUAUCAAACGGAAGUCACCCAUUCGCUUCCAGACGGUCUAUUCCAUUGUAGAGUGCCGCGUCGCUAAAGCUCAUGAAGUUGAGAUGAAAAUUAAAGUAUAUUAG